AACUGUCGCAAACCGGACGCGCUUUACGGCUGCCGCAGUGGCGCAAAACACGUGUGGAUUGUCUCGUAUUUGCUGCACGGUUUAGGUGUUUCGGAGAGAUGGCGAAGAGCCUGCGGAGCAAGUGGAAGAGGAAGAUGCGCGCGGAGAAGAGGAAGAAGAACGCGCCAAAGGAGCUGGCACGUCUGAAGACCGCCUUGGGCCUGUCCGCGGACGGGAAAGGAGAGAUCUCCGCGAAGGACGUGGAGGAAGUCGCCACGGUGGUUUCGGCGGAUAAGCUCGAAUCCAGGAAUGUCGAUGUGGAGAUGGAGGGUGACGACAACACCGCUGCAAAGAUGGAGACGGACAGCAAGCGGAAUAAGAGGACUCGGCUGGACGAGCACGGGCAGUACCCGUCGUGGAUGCACCAGCGGCAGGCCAAGAAACUGCGACAGAAGCGCAAUGCGAAGAAAGGGAAGCCCAAGAAUAAAAAGGGGGUUGCGUGGUGAACUGAUCUCCAGAUUACUGUUUGGACAAACGGAACUGUAAUAUAGCUGUGUGUGCGUGUGUAAAAACAACAUUUUUGAUCACAUU